CAUUCGCAGGUGAACGGAGCGUGGACGCUGCCAAAUUUCGUGUGUGAUUUCUACAUAGCAAUGGAUGUGAUAUGCUCAACGUCAUCUAUAUUUAAUUUAGUUGCAAUAUCAAUAGACAGAUACAUCGCAGUGACACAGCCGAUAAAAUACGCGAAGCACAAAAACAGCCGCCGCGUGUGCCUCACGAUCCUGCUGGUGUGGGCGAUUUCGGCGGCAAUCGGGUCGCCGAUCGUGUUAGGAUUAAACAAUACGCCCGACCGGGUGCCCGAUCUGUGCGUUUUCUACAAUAGUGAUUUUAUAGUGUACUCGUCGCUAAGUAGUUUUUAUAUACCGUGUAUCAUAAUGGUCUUUUUAUACUGGAAUAUUUUUAAGGCUCUCCGAACGCGAGCGAAAAAGCAGCGCGCCGCUCGCAAGCCCCACAUAUCGGAAAUCACCGCUGGCGGUAGCUUGAUGGAGAACAUUGCUCAAACGAAGAUCGCAGCCGAAACGCAGAUGGACGGCAGCACCAAGAGCGGUUCGUGCAAAAUCCUGCCCGACGAACCGCCAACGAAUACGGCGUCCGGUUCCAACGAGGAAGACGACGACAAUGCCGGGUCCCCUGACAUUGAUGACUGUCAUGUGAUUGUGAAUGAUAAAUCAACAGAGUUUAUGUUGGCCACGGUCGUGGAAGAAGCUGGAAACGUGGUAGCGCAGAUCACGACAACGCAGAUUCCCUCCGAUCCGAACGGAAAUCACGAUUCGGGCUACGCGGCCUCCAGUAUAGGGGAUGUACUGGCGGCGAACGCAACCCCACCCGGCAGCCCCAAUGUGGCUGCCACGGUAAUUGUAAAUAAAAACGCUACGCUUAGGAGUAGGAAUGGUUCGCCCAGGAAGGAAGCAAGUGUGACGCUGAAACCCCUGUCGCUUGUAAGGUGCGGGGUGCAGCAAGCCUUAACGCUCAACCGAAACGAUUCGACGCUAUCAACGAAUUCCAAUACGAGGGACGGUACGAUGAAGGAUAAGAAGAACACCCAGCAGGCAACGAGAUUUACGAUCUACAAGGUGAACAAGGCAUCUAAGAAGAAGCGGGAAAAAUCCUCGGCGAAAAAGGAACGCAAAGCGACUAAAACGUUAGCGAUAGUGUUAGGUGUAUUUUUAAUCUGCUGGGUGCCGUUCUUCACCUGCAACAUCAUGGACGCGAUGUGCACCAAGCUGGACAUGACCUGCCAGCCGGGCGUGACGGCCUUCAUCCUGACCACCUGGCUCGGCUACAUGAACAGCUUCGUCAAUCCGGUUAUCUACACCAUCUUCAACCCGGAGUUCCGGAAGGCGUUCAAAAAAAUCAUGCACAUCGAGUGA